AUGUCCGAAUCUACAUCUUAUCAGCCCGUCGUGGCGGACUCCGUAGCCAAAGAAGGCGCGACAGCGACUGCGGCCUCUUCCAGUCGCCCUGGACUUUGGUCCAGGAUCACCAACCGCUUCCCGUUCCUGCAAGGCAAGCGAGGCAUUGCCAUUGUGGUGAUAGCAAUCCUGGUCAUCAUCGGUGGAGGACUCGCUGGCCUGGCCGCCUUGCCCAACCGCUCAGGAUCGUCCUCUGGCAGCGCAGGGGUACUACCGAUCAUCGUGGCCAUGGUUUCGAACAUGACCCUUGAUGAGAAGCAUUUCAUCGCCAACGAACAAGAGGCACAUCGAAUGCCUAACGGAGGUGUCCAAUCAGUUUCUUCCAAUAUUGAUGACCAGACGAUGCAUGAGCUUUACCUGUGUGCGAACAUUAUGUGUUCUUAUCAGCGGAUCAACAACUCCUACGGUUGUGCCAACAGCUACACCCUGAACGGGCUUUUGAAGACAGAACUUGGCUUCCAAGGCUUCGUUGUUUCGGAUUGGAACGCACAGUAUACCGGGGUCGCAACGUCUCUGGCUGGGCUGGACGUUACAAUGCCAAAUGCCGGCGUCUACUGGGGGCCGAAAUUGAAGCAAGCCGUCACGAACGGAAGCGUGGCUGAGUCCAGAUUGGACGAUCAAGUUACGCGUCUCCUAGCAUCGUGGUACCAGCUGGGUCAAGACAAGGGGUUUCCUACCCCUGGAAUAGGAUUACCGCGGAACCUCGCAGAGCCGCAUACUAUUGUCGAUGCUCGGAACUCCUCUUUCAAGUCGACCCUCUUUGAUGGGGCAGUAGAGGGACACGUACUCGCGAAGAACACAAGGAACGCUCUCCCGCUGAACAGGCCAAAGAUGCUCUCUGUUUUUGGCUAUUCUGCCACUCCACCUGGCCAAUACAACAUCGAGCCUCCGGGCGGAACCAUAUGGACUUUCGGGGCUGAGGCUGCCGACCCCUCUAGUGUUCUCCAGGGCUUUCUCGGCAACCUAACGUACCCUUACGAUCAGAUCGCUCCUAAUGGGACAUUGUUCUGUGGUGGAGGGUCAGGAGCGAACUCCGCGGCAUUGGGCCAUUCGCCAAUGGACGCCCUACAACAGCAGGCUGCUAACGACAACACUGCCCUUUUCUGGGAUUUCAGAUCCGCCACGCCCAACGUGAACGGAGCCUCGGAUGCCUGUUUGGUCUUUGGAAACGCGUGGGCGAGCGAGGGUUCAGAUCGGCCGGGCCUUUAUGAUAAUUACACGGACGGUCUGAUCAAGCACGUCGCCUCCACAUGCAACAAUACGAUCGUCAUAUUCCACAAUGCGGGUGUGAGGCUCGUCGAUCAAUUUGUGGACAAUGAGAACGUAACCGCUCUCAUAUUUGCACACCUUCCAGGACAGGAAUCCGGACGUGCCCUAGUAUCCCUUCUGUACGGGCAGUCAAACUCGUGGGGUAAACUGCCGUACACAGUGGCGCGGAAUGAAUCUGACUACGGCGAGCUUCUGGAUCCAGCUAGGGCGGAGGGCGACUUCGAGCUGUUCCCACAGGCAAACUUCACCGAGGGGGUCUACAUUGAUUAUCGGCACUUCGACGCCAACAAUAUCGAGCCCCGAUACGAGUUCGGCUAUGGUUUAUCAUAUACGACCUUCGCAUACGCGAACCUCGAAAUAAACCAGAACUCCACCUCGGAUAUGUCCGAGUACCCAAGUGGUCCUAUUGAGGUCGGCGGCCAGUCCGAUCUCUGGGACAAUCUGGUGUCUGUCGCAGCUGAAGUCCAGAAUACUGGAACUGUGAACGGUACUGAGGUCGCUCAGCUCUAUGUCCAGACGCCAGGAACGAACAGACCACGAGUUCUGCGAGGUUUCGACAAGCCAUUGCUCAACCCGUCACAGACCUCCACGAUCUCGUUUGACCUUACGCGUCGAGACCUGAGUGUGUGGGACACCACGGCCCAGAAGUGGCUGCUCCAGAGAGGCCAAUACACUGUCCACGUGGGCUCGAGUAGCCGAGACCUGCCGCUGAACGGAACGUUCAACUUCUGA